AUGACCACCAGUGAGGGCGGUCAGCCCGUACCAGCAGCAGCAGCAGCAGCAGCGAGAGUAGGAAAGACAACAGCUGCACCUGCUGCAGCAGUGGUUGUUGCUGCCGUCUCAGCUGCUUUGCCUAAACAGAAAAAGGAGGGGAGGAGGUUUGCCUUUGGGGGCCCCCAGUGGAGACGCGAGGAGACAGCGAGGGGCGAACACCGCCGCCCCACGCGCUCGACAUCAUCUGCUGCUGCUGCUGAACAGCAGCAGCAGCAACAGCAGCAGCAACAACAACAACAACAGGCGGAGGAGGGGCGGGUUGGAGCACUUGCGGCGUCUCCUCGUUCAGAGACACGAGGAGUAAAUAGCCUCCAGGGUGAGAGCAAGAAGGGGGCCCCCACUGAGCCCCAAGUGACCCUAAACCCUACGCAGCAGCAGCAGCAGCAGCAGCAGGUGCUGACGACCGGAGAUGGAUUGUCUCCUUUCGCCGUGGCCAUAAUAACCUGUCCAGUACCUCCUUACGAGGAGGCGCUGCAGCAUCUGCAGCUGCAGCAGCAGGAACAGCAGCAGCAACUGCAGCAGCUGCAUAUACAAGGAGAGUACUCACCGCUGCCCCCGUCCCCUGUGCCGAUGCAGCAGCUGCAGAUCCCCUCUCAACACGCGCUGUCUCCUCGCAACUUGCUGCGAGAAGAAGCAGGAGAAAUGGGUAGCAAGGGGCCUAUAGAGAGCUUCAGCCCCACCUUUGCAACGGAGCUCUUAGCAGACAUUGAACUCGAUGGAGACACGGGCACUCCUACUGCUGCUGCUGCUGCCGUUGCUGCGACAGCAGCAGCAGGGGCCAACUCGCUGCUACACAUAGAUGUCCCCGUGCAACAUCAGCAACAGCAGCAGCAGCAACAGCAGCAGCAGCAGCAGCAGCAGUGCUGCUAG